UCCCACUGGUAGGUCAGCUGUGAUUCUGUGUCAGUUGUGAACAGUUGUUGAAGAGUUUUGUUAGAUUAAUUUUUGGUCAUUUCCAGCAAACAUUUAUUUUCUUACAACUUCCAAUUAAUCCAAACAAAAUGGGUGAUAGAGUGAUGGGUGAUGAUGGAACUGUAUCUCUGACAGACAAUAGUCUGAUUGUAGAUAUAUCGGAUGCUCUCAGUGAAAAGGACAAAGUCAAAUUCACUGUACACACACGCACAACCUUAAAGAACUUUAAUAAACCCGAAUUCCAUGUUGUUCGUCAGCAUGAGGAGUUUAUUUGGCUACAUGAUCGAUAUGAAGAGAAUCCUGUUUAUGCUGGUUAUAUUAUUCCUCCGCCUCCUCCACGUCCCAAUUUCGAUGCAUCCCGUGAGAAGUUGCAGCGCUUGGGCGAAGGCGAAGGAACGAUGACAAAAGAAGAAUUUAAUAAAAUGAAGCAGGAACUCGAAGCGUAUGAAUUUCCUGAAUAUUUGGCGACUUUCAAGAAGACGGUGGCAAUGCACGAGGUGUUUCUGACGCGACUUGCCAGUCAUGUGAUGUUCCGCGAGGACGAGCAUCUGCACGUAUUUUUGGAGUUCGAUCAGGAUCUGUGCGCUAGACCUAGAGGUCGUUUCCAGCAGUUCGGAGGCUUCGUGAAAUCCCUAGGUUCAACGACUGAUCAAUAUUACUUAAACGUAACUGUGCGAGACGUGCACGACUUCUUCGAGAAGCAGAUGAACAGCCUGACUGAGUACCACGGCAAGCUAAAGGAAGGAACAGUGAAGACGGACAAGAUGACCGAGAAACAUAAGGAGGUCGCGGAUAGUUACAUCAAGAUCUCCGGUGGCCUCGUGCAGCUGGCCAACAUCGAUCCCGGCCCAUUGGACAAGUACUUGAUGAAGGUCGCGGAUGGCUUCGAAAAGGCGAGAAAAUUGGAGAGCCGCGUUGCUAGUGAUGAAGACUUAAAGUUAGCUGAUACCUUGAGAUAUUACAUGCGCGAUAGUCAAGCAGCUAUGGCGUUGCUGGUAAGACGACUGAAAUGUUUGGCGACCUACGAAGCGGCGAACAGAGCGUUGGAACGCGCCCGACAAAAGAACAAAGACAUACAUGCGGCACCUGAAGUUCAAGAGGCGGAGAAGGCUCAAACUGAAGCUUGCGAGAGGUUCGAUUCGAUUUCCACGCAGGCCAAGGAAGAACUGCUGGACUUCAAAACCAGGAGGCUGCACGCGUUCAGGAAGAGCCUCAUCGAACUGGCCGAGCUUGAGAUUAAGCACGCGCGCACGCAGCAGGAUCUGUUCAAGAAGUCGCUGCAAAAUCUCCAGGAGCUCAUGUAAUGAAGACGAGUGCCCAACCCCCCCAAUUAAUAUUAUCAUUUUUAAAAAAACAUAUUAUUUCUAUUUUUUAUAUACAUAGCAUAUACAAUCAACAUUGUAUUAUGAAGAAGAAAAAAAAUA